AUGUCCAGAUUCGGAAGUGGCCAUGUCCAGGACGCAUCUACUAGCUCAGAUUGGGUUGCCAGCCCGUGGAAUCAGCCAGGCAUGCUCCCAGACAAUAACGACCAAUGGAGAGAAAAAUUCACACCGGAAAAUUGCUUACAAAGCGGACUUUCGAAGGGCGCCCUUCUAGUUUCUGCAGCUGUCGCCCUCAUUCCACCCUUUUCCCGGGCGGCGAACCCGCCAUCUCUCUCUCUUCCAGACGUAGCGGCACUCCGCCUAUGUACCAUAUUCUUCCUGGGUAAUGCCUGGAGCCUAAGAGCCACUUUGAAUGCUCGACUACACGGUGCAGAGACGGCCGCCGAAGCGAUUGAGGGGAAGAAGGCUGAAAAUACAGACGAGGCCAGGGCGGCGCAUAGACAGGGUCGCUAA